ACUGCUCUCUGAUGCAACUCGCAGGUGCGGAGAUCUGACAGAUGUCUCGAUAUUGCGUCAGAUGCCCACCAUCGAGGUCAUCAACCUCAGCGUCAACAGCAUCACCACCUUGGAGGACUUUGCCCACUGCCCCAACCUGGUGGAGCUCUACAUCCGCAAGAACUGCAUCGGGGACCUGUCGGAGAUCUGGUACCUGCGCAACCUGCGCAAGCUGCGGGUGCUGUGGCUGGCCGACAACCCCUGCGCUGCGGGCGACCACUACAGGCUGACGGUGCUGCGCAUGCUACCCAACCUGCAGAAACUCGACAACAGUUUGGUGACUAACGAUGAGGUGAACCGAGCCAUGGAGCACGGCCACGACUUGGCCCCACCCAUCGCCUCGCUCAGAUGGCAGGCCAACGGCCACAUCGCCAAGGACAAAGACCUGAGAGACAGCUCGGUGGAAAUCAGCCUGGACGAAACAAAUCUUUAUGUUCCUCUCUGCAGUAAAAUCCGGGAGGAGUUGGGACUAAAGCCCCUGCCGGUGGACAAACUCUCGCCGGCCAAACACAGAACAGGAUCAAGUAAAGGAAGGAAUGCCAACAUCCUGACAGCGGUACUAACCCUGAUCAAGGAGCUGGAUCAGGACACGCUGGAAGUGGUAGCCAACGCUUGCAAGGACCGCCUGGAGUCGUUAUGAUCCGCGGCCGGAAAACUACCGACCCCGUCCCACCCCCUUGUACAUAAAUGCACCCCCCCCCCCCAGCGGGAUACCCUUACUCCCAACCUACCCCCUCCCCCUGGGGGAAUGAGCUUUGUAGACAAGCUGGAGACAGCAGAUUCCCCACGGUCCGGGGUCGCUCUUGCCACGACGAUCACAGGGAAGAAGAAAAAAGCCCCCUUGGCAGAGCUCCAGGCUGCAUGCAAUUACAAAUCCACGAUCAAUACGACACGUGAGGUAUACUGGGCUUGCUCCUGAGCGCACCCCCCCCCCCCUUCUCCACCUUCAUCCUCACCGCACACGAGAGAACGGUUGGACCGUGAUUUGCUGCGAGUCAAUCUCAGAUUUGCAUAUUAAGCCGUUGCCUCUCUGCCCGGGACGCUCCGCAUAUAAAUAGACAAUCCGCCGGGCACGAUGCAGCAUUGCCUGGGUGCGGUGAUGCGGUGGAGAUCCUUGUUACUUACCGCGAAGUGUACGGUACGGCCAAUUAACUAGAAGCCCACAAUCCCCCUCAACCACCACUUUUUUUUUCCAUAUAGAUAGAAUUCAAUUGAUCUGCGUCCUGUCCAAAUUGAUGUAAGGUUACAUGCACUUGGCCAUCGGGAUUGAUGCAUAUUUUUUUUUCUCCCUUUUUUUGUUGUUGGGAUUUUGUUGGGAUUUCAAAUUGAGCUUCGUUCAAUCCCAGCUCGCCGACAACUCUGACGGAAAAAAGAUGCAGACCACUGAUUUAAAAAAAGACUCGUCAUGACUCAUCUGUUUUUUU